AUGUCGAGCGAAACUGUGGUUCCCGUUGUUGGUGCUGGUAUUAGUUCUGGUGCAUCUGUUGUGGCCAUUGAUUGGACCACUUACAGUUUUCCACAAGCCAUUGAAUUAACUGGCUUGCCAGAGAAGUUCAAUGGUGGUGUAGGCUUUUCUCGGUGGCAGAAAAGAAUGAAAUUGUGGUUGACUGUAAAGGGUCUAUGGCCUGUUGUGGAGUAUGAGAAACCAGUGGUGGAUCAAGAGAAGGCUGAAACUAUUAAGGGCUUUGCGAAGUGGACUGAGAAGGAUGGUGUGGCCAGGGCGGCCAUUUUGGCUGCUCUCACUAACACAUUGUUUGAUGUGUAUUCUUCUGAUGCCUACUCUGCAAAACUCUUAUGGGAGAAGCUGGACCAGACACAUAAUACUGACUCUCAGGGUCUUGAGAAGUAUUCUGUGGCUAAGUUCCUUGAAUUCAAGCUGGUGGACAACAAGUCCAUGACUGAGCAAGUGCAUGAAUUCGAGAUGAUAGUGCAUGCUUUGAAGGAGUCCGGAAUGGACCUCCCCGAAAAGUUCAAGGUUAUGAGUGUGAUUGAAAAACUUCCGAAGUCUUGGGAGGAGUUCUCUCUCUCCCUGAAAAGACAGAAAGGAGAGAUCACCUGGACCAACCUUAUGCUGGACAUCUCGGUUCAAGAACAACACAAGUCCAAACAAGGACAUGUGAUGCCAACUGAGCCCGGGAGAUCGAAGGUAAAUUUAGCAACUGAAGGACAGAAAAGGAAGGAUGUUGCUAAGAAAGUUAGCACUAAUAAACCUAAGAGUGACAAGGACAAGGCCAAGAAACCAAAGGCAAACAAACCGUGUUGGUCUUGUGGGUAG